AUGAUGAUGUUGCUGCCUUCCUUCUCUCUAGCUAGGACUAGGCCAUCCCGAGUUGGUGUCCUUUUCUUAUUGGUGUGGUUAUCCAUUUGCUGUUCUUUUCUGAGGGGUAAUGAAGUUCCAACCAUUGAAGGUUCAAAAGAAGGCUGGAAAGAUGAGAUUUUGAAGCUUCAGCUGGAACUGGCCACUGUAAAUACUGCUGGUAGUGGUGCUACUACUACUAGUACUGGUUCAGAAUCUUUGGUUUCUGCCAUCCGUGCGAAAUUGGCAGAAUCUGUGGAACAGGAAUCGGAUUGGAUGAGGAAGCAAUUCCGUGAAAUUCCUCGUCCCAAUGAACGGUUGGACAAUGAGAAUGUUCCGAAUCGAGAUUUGCGUCCCGGAAUGCCGUUGUGGUUCUUGCUAGAGACCCCUCAAUGGUGGGUCACAGCCAAGAUUGUGGAGAUUCUCGAUGUUUCCGAGGGACGCUUUCGGGUCAAUAUCACAGCAGAAGAUAGAAUCGUACAAGCCACCAGAGGAGAAACGGUCCGUACCGUGGCCAUCAAUGAAUUCAUUCUGGGGAUCUGGAAGUCAGAGUACGAGAGGGAUCAAGGAGAAUUAGCAAGAGCUCAAAACAAACCAGAAGAAAGAUUCAAGCGUUACCAAGAGGCCAUCAAACUAGACCCCAAGAAUCCACACCCCUUGGAUAAUAUGGGAUUGUACUACACGGAUCAGGGAGAUGUACAGCAAGCCAUUCACUGGUACGAACAAAGCAUUCAAGUACAGCCAGAUUGGUACCAUACAUAUUAUAACUACGGAAAUCUACUACGAGAUUCCUACGAGACUGCAAAACAGUAUACCCAAUGGACAGCCUUGCAACUCUUUGAAAAGGCAUUCCAACUCAAUCCACUCUUUCUCGAUACGCUUUGGAAUGUCGCAGAUCAGUACCACAAGGCGCAACGAUACAACGAAGAGUGCUACGCCUGGCGUCUAUUGCACACACUCAAUCGCAAUCCACAUCCAAAACGAAAAAAGAAUAAUACCAUCCUCUGGAAUCCACAUUGGGAGCAAGAUCUGCCACGACGCAUCGCAAACUGUAUGCAAGCCAUGGUGAUGCCGAACCCUACUGGUACUACAGACGGUAACCAGCAACGACAAACUACAGAUGAACUCUAG